CAAUGGCUGCAAUUGAAUUAGCAGCAUCCUCAAUUUUCUCAUCUCCUCCUCCUUCCUCCUCCUCUUAUCUCAAAUUCCCAUUGUUUCCCAAUUCAAUUAAACUCCAAAAUUACAACCAUUCCCUUAAUCUUUCUCUCAAAUCCAUUCUUCCUCUUCUUUCAAGAAAACAAUGCUCCCAACUUCACUGCUCAGCAGUUGAAGUCACUGAACCUGUAACAGUACAACAAGAAGAUGAAGAAGAGAAACCCCAGAAGAAUAAUCAAAGAAGAAAGCUUUUUGUUCUAAACUUACCAUGGUCUUUGACUGUUCCUGAUAUCAAGAACAUCUUUGCUGAAUGUGGAAUUGUUGAUGAUGUUGAGAUUAUUAAGACCGAAGAUGGAAAGAGUAGAGGAUUUGCCUUUGUGACAAUGUCUUCUGGGGAAGAAGCUCAAGCUGCAAUUGACAAAUUGGAUUCUUAUGAAGUAUCAGGAAGAAUCAUCAGGGUAGAAUUUGCGAAGCGAUUUAAGAAACCUCCAGGAGCUCCUCCUCCUUCAACUCCUCCCCAAGGGGAAGCACGACAUAAACUUUAUGUUUCUAAUCUUGCAUGGAAAGUGAGGUCUACCCAACUAAGAGAAUUCUUCUCUGCAAACUACAAUCCAGUUUCAGCUAGGGUUAUUUUUGACAAUGCUUCAGGAAGAGCUGCUGGGUAUGGUUUCGUAUCCUUUGACACAAAAGAACAAGCAGAGGCUGCAGUAUCUGCUUUAGAUGGAAAGGAACUGAUGGGCCGGCCAAUUCGCUUGAAAUUCAGUGAAAGGGAUGCUGAUGGAUCUGAAAACAAGGAAGAAGCACCGACUCAGGAAAAUCCUGAAGAGCCUUAGAUGACUCCCUUGAUUACACUUCUAUGGAUCAUCAAGGUCCUGUUUAAAUCAGACUUUUCUUCUACUUAUGCACAUAGUUGCUGACUGUUACAUGAUAACCAGAUUUUUUGUAGACUCCAAAUAUAUUUUAUUUGACGUGUUUGUUUGGUCAUACUUUGGUGGCCUUUUAUCUUGUUUCCCUGUUUAUUG